GUUUUUGAUGAAAUUUCUCGGGUCUCCGAUCUCUUGAGAUAGCGCCAGAAUCAUGUCGCCUACCGCGAGUGCUGAUGUCCCUGGCUGUGCCACCUGGCAACGUACUGCUCUGAUGAUUGCAGCCAGACAUGGGCAAGACGACGUAGUGAUUCGCGCCUUGGAAACUUCGUGCACUCAACCGCAGUUGGACGUUGUAGACGAGCAGGGCAACACCGCAGUGAUGAUCGCGGCACGUGAAGGACAUAAGAAGGUGGUAGAGGCUUUGAUCGCAGCAGGUGCAGAUCUUUCGAUCGAAAACUUGGAAAAUCAGACUGCAGCUGACCUGGCGAAGACGGAGGAGAUCCGUGCGGCAGUCAAGAAGGGCGAAGCGCAGGCGGAGUCGUUGCUGAGGACCAUCAUGGCCAUGGCCAAGAAGGAUGAGUCUAUCGCAGCCGGUGCCAGUGCUGCUUCGAGCAGCUCCAAUGAUGGAGGCCUGAAAGCCUUGCAGAGCAUGGGCGUCCCCGCCGAACUCCUGGCUUUGGCGGGUGAUGACCUGCCGCGCUUCUCCGCUGAGAGCCCCUACUGAUGGAGGGCAGAAAAGUUGCCAAUUUGGCGGACAUUUUUGGUUAAAUUUACCUAAUUUAACCAUCAAAAGAUGGAAAAUGGAAGGCUGACC